GGGCCGGCGGCGGCAGCAGCAUCAAAGAGCCCCGAUUCCUGUCGCCCUGGGAGCCAUGCGCCGCUGUCUGUAAUGUCAGCGGAACAGGAGAAGGACCCCAUCGCGCUGAAGAGAUCCCGAGGUGGUGACGGUGGAUUGGAUGGGUUAGGAGGACCAGGAGUACAGCUCGGAAGCCCUGAUAAGAAAAAGCGCAAAGCAAACACACAGGGAUCUUCAUUUCCUCCUCCAUCUGAAUAUGCUCCACCGCCGAAUCCAAGCUCUGACCACCUUGUAGCUGCAAAUCCAUUUGAUGACAACUAUAAUACUGUGUCUUAUAAACCACUUCCUUCAGGAAAUCCUUAUUUUGGUAAUCCUGGUUAUCCCGGCUUUGGAGGCUAUAACACUUUCAGAAUGCCACCUCACAUGCUGCACAGAGUGUCCGCGCCAUAUGGUGGUUCCUAUUCCCUCAGAAACCAGCCACACCCUCUUCCUCAAAACCCUGUAGGAAUGGGUUUUAGUCGACCCCACUCUUUCAGCUUUGGUCCACAUGAUAGCCCAGGUUUUGCGAAUCAGCCACCUUAUAGUGGCAGUCAGAUAAAUCAGAGUGUCAGUAUGCCUGGUCAGCAUUUCAGACCAAAUCCUGGUGAGAACUUUGGCCAUUCUGGACAGAUACCUCAUCCUGAUGUGCCACCUAACUUUGGUCCUGGAAACAAUUCAAAUUUUCCAAAUUCUCAGCUAGAGUCAAGCCACUCUUUUGUUCCCCCACCAAGCACUUACAACCAGACAAAAUCAUCAGCACAAAAGCAAGACUUUAGUCUAGGUGCAAGCAAAGCAUCCAGCCAGAACACUACUGCUCUUCAGCAUCAUCACAGGACAGAGGACAUUGUGAGUCAAGGUAACAGUGACCUAAAAAUUGUUACUCGAAACAACGUGGUAAAUCAGGAUGGUAGCCAUUCUAAUAGUGCUGAUAACACUAAUGCUGGCCAUUCAAAUGGGACUCAGAGUAAGUCCCGCCAGCCUCGAGGUACCACUGAAGGAUGCAACUCUGAAAAGAGCAGCAAAACACCCCUUCAUCCCAGUCGGCAUGGUCACUCGUCCUCUGAACCCGUCUAUCCGUGUGGAAUUUGUACACAUGAAGUUAAUGAUGACCAGGAUGCGAUCCUGUGUGAAGCCUCUUGUCAGAAAUGGUUUCAUCGAAUCUGUACUGGCAUGACUGAGUCAGCUUAUGGCCUUCUUACAGCAGAAGCAUCAGCAGUGUGGGGUUGUGAUACGUGUAUGGCUGAUAAAGAUGUCCAGCUAAUGCGUACAAGAGAGACUGCAGGGCCGCCUGCGCUGAAUACGGAUGGCUAACAAUGUCAAUUGGUGGUACUGCUUACUAUGAAGAUUUGGUUGUGAAUACUUUCUGUUCUGAAGACAAUCGAUUUGUUUGAUUGCUGUCAUGUUAUUUUCCACUAUCUGUUUUUGUUCAUGAAGUUCCAUCUCAACUUUUGUACUCUUAACUUUGUGUGUGCAAAUAUUUUACAGGGUGGAAUUCUUUUUUUUGUUUCUGACAACCAAUUAGAAAUAGGAUGUGCAUUGACAGUUUUAUUGAAGGCAAAAAUAGGCCUUUAUGAAUAGUCCCUGAUUUGCUAGUACUGAUGUGUUAACUAACACUAGCUUUUACUAUUCAAUUUUAAUGGUACUGUACUUGCAAGUACUCAAUGCUUUUUUUUUUUCUUUCUUCUAUUGUUGAAUGUCCGUUACUGACGUUCUUGACAUCUUUUCCUUGAAUAUCAUGGAGAUGACGUGGAGGAAGUGUGGAGUACUAAUAGUUUGUAUUUUUUUAGAAUAAAUAAGAGGAUUUUGUAUGUGCUUUUUCUCAUUUUUGAACUAAAGCAUUAACGCAAUUCUAAAAUCAGUGCUUUCACUCUUAGUAACACAGUGAAACCCACUAAAUCUUAUACCUUGGUAUUUCCUUGAAAAGGCAAUGAUCCUUUGAUUUCUCAGCAAGCACUUAAUUGCUGAGGACUCUUACUAGGUCAUGCAGUAUAGAAAAUGGUUACAAAAUAUGAUUACAUUGGAAAAAGCUAGGACAGAUCAAGUUGAUGAAGUCUAGUGCUUUAAAUCUAGAGAAUACCAAAACUGAGGUUACAUGUGUAGCCUUUCUUCAUUCAUCUUAAGCAUGUAUGUUAGGAUGCAGCCCCUGUUCAGUCACAUACCUCUUGCUCAUCCUCCAUUGGUGGCUCUGUCUUCCACCCUCAACUGUGAACGGAUUUAAGCAGGGAAGGUUCUGCCCAUCUCUUAGAGCUGUCAGCUGGAGCCUGCUCGUUCAUCCUGAGCUUACACUAUCUGCUUGGCAAGAACGGUGUGAGGCAACAGAAUGUGUAUAGCACAGACUCUGAACUGCAAGAUAAUUUGACCAGCAAAGUAGUAACACUGAAUUCCCACCACUGCCUCAGCCAGUCUUGUAGUUGGAGGGAGAAGGAAAUGUAGAGUGAAGACAAAGAAAGCUCUCAGAUCUGAGAGUUUAGCUCAUACCAGGAGCCAGCAAGCAGAAAUCGAGCAAACUUGAGAUCUUGCAGACAAGUAUGAAAGGCACUAGAACUUUAGUGUACGACUCUUAAGAAUUAUCCUUUAUUAUAGACAGUUUGACCUUAUUCUUAUCUCAAGCAUACACCUCUCCCCCAUUCUCCUUUUUUUUUUUUUUUUUUUUUUGUGGGGGAGCAUCUAGCCUUGAUCGCUUUGGCCUUAGUUGCAUAUGCAAUUGAAAAUCAGUGUUUCUGUAGAGAAAAGUGUUGUUUUAACUUAAUGAAAGAUGGUACUGUAGUAAUAGGUGGCUUGUAGUGCUCACCAUAGUUCUGGAAACAUGAUUACCGAUUGCUAAAAAAACUAAAUGGUAUGUCAAACAUUGCAGGUACUGGUCAGGUUUCUUAGUGUGAUAGAAGGUGUUCAGAUCUGUGGUGAUGAGUGAUACAGAGGCCUAUAUUGAAUACAGACAUAUAUAUUUAAAGGCUAUUUUUAUGGUAAGCUUUGUUAAUGAGUGAAAAGUAAGGCUUAUCUGCUAAUUCACCAUUGUGUUUGAUUUUAAAUGAGCUCUAAUGUUAUACUGUCCUGAGAGAUACUCUGCAGAUGUAGAUAACUGUCUUUCUUUUAUUUUAAUACUGAAGAGUUUUAUAUACCCUUUCAUUGGAGAAGUAUAGUAUUGCCCUUCCCUUUUAUAGCACCUCUCAUCAGGAAAAAGGAGAUAAUAUCUCAAGUGUAAAUUACAUAGUCCUUAUCUUAAGGACUUCCUUUAUCGAGAUGUAAAGAAAGCAUAAGGCAGAUCCAGGGCUUCUGUUUUCAGUGCUACUUGCUUUAUUUCUGACAGAGACUGAGCUUAGUCUUGUUUUCUUAGGGGUGUGAUAUUUAAAAAAAUGAACUGCAGACCAACACAAAAACACAAAUAGCUGAACAGACAAACAUUGUUGAUUUGUUCCUCUGGGAAACAGUUCCAUUUCUAUAGGAAUUUACAUUGUGAAGUUUGUAGUUCAGACUUAGAGCAAUGUAAAUGAAAUAAAAAUUUUGCUUAGUGACAGAAAGUUAAACAGCAGCUCCUUUGCUUAUAUUGUUAUCUAAGCUGGUAGUCUGCAAUAACAUUUCCACAUCCCAUUUCAGUUAAUGUUUCAGUGUUUUGGAGCAGAUGCUAUUUAAAAUAGCUGUGUAUUUCUUGAAAUCUCUCAAUCCUAUUUCAAGUUAGGUGUUUUCUAUGUUAGUUACCAAGAUAUUAGAAUUUAAAUAGUGUUCUUUUGAACUUCUUCUGGAAUAUAACGUUGAAAGGCCUUAAAUCACGUAUUUGUGAAACUUAGUCUAAAAAAUGUCACUUAUUUUCUAAACUGGGUACCAUGUUGGGUUUGUAUCCCACUGAAUUUACUGUGCGUAUUAACCUGCAAAUUCAAAGCAUUAGCAAAUGCCAGUUUAAAAACAUUAAAUAACAAGCAACAAAAUCAAACUUGCUGUCAUCCUGAUCACAGAGGUAGGACAGAUUAGGAUCUCAAGAACUCAUCUGGCCUAUAUGUUUAUCCUACUGGUAUGCUCUUGGCAUCCCUGGACUUUUUGCCUAGAGAUAGGAUUAUACUUUGUUUUUCUCUGCAUGUAUUGACUAGUAGUAGUUCAAGUAUGCACAGGAAAAACAGCAUUUGUGUUUUGUUAGUAAGUACUAGAAAAACGUCAGCUGGUUAGAAUUAGAAAUUAGU